AUGAUUGGCCAGGAAGUGGGUGGCUUGAGUGGACUCAGGGCACCGAGUGGAGCUUUCGGAGAGGACUGCCAUCUGUCUUGGCGGCGCGUGGCGCAGGUGCCACACGAUACGGAUGCUGAGAUAGACGACAGACCAGACACUGAUCUCCAUUGCAGAGGAAACGUAGACGAGAGAAGUAAAGGGAGAACACAGGGCGUCAGUCAGUUCCCGCUUCAGCAACAGCUCCAACUCCAAGCAGACGCACAUACUCCGUACACGCAGAUACAUGCAGACCGGCAGGAGAGUUCGAUGAAUCUAGCGUGCUCAGUGUGCGGCUACCUCUACGAGUAUCAGGCCCAAACGGGAAGCUUGAGCACUGGGCAUCCAACGCCACGACGCCAGCUGCAAGUGCAGGACGCAAGACGCAAGACCAACUCUCUUGGAUCCAUCCAUACGGAUACAUGGCAUUCUCAGCAAAGUCGCACAGCCAAUCUGGUUAUCUCGUUCUCAUUCCCAUUGGCAGAUGGAUAUCUGCCCGACGUCCCUUCCAACCCCCGAGUUGCAGCGCCAUCUCCUCGUCCGUCCCUGCCAUUUUCACUUCUCACCCCUCAGGUUGGCUCUGGCUCCCAUCCACGCACAGCAAGCGACCGCGUCUCGGAGAAUGGGACGGCCUGA